GGUUGGACACUCGUUGCUCGAGCACAAGGAAGCAGUUCAGAGUGGGCUCCGGCUAGUCAAUACUGGCAUAACAACGCACUCAUUGCGCCGGAUACUGCAGCAGACGUUAGUGCAGUAACUUCGAUGAAAAACAAAGGAUGGCUUAGUAUCAACGGAAAGAAAGUGAAAGUGUGCUACAACGGACCUUACACCAAUUGUGCUGUGUUUACUCAUAAUCUUGGAAUACCACUUUCUCAACUAUUUGCCAGCAACUUUGGCGUCACUGUUACUGAGAAUUACAACUUUCAAACUCUUGCAGCUGCGUUUGGCGUCUCUCUUACUUUUCCGGCCAACCUUCAGUGGUGUGGACUGAAUGUAGGAGAUAAAUGCGUCCAAGGCACUAGUACCAACGUGGCAGAACGUCAGACAAUUUCUCGCAUCGGAUGCACUGGAGACUACUCGAAAACAGGAGUUUGCCGCAUGGAUGACUAUGCUCUAGGAAUUGGAGUCAGCAGCUGCCAUGAUGGCUAUGGGUGUAGUAAAACUGGAACAUCAACAAAAAAUUUGCAUUAUCUAUCUGGAAAUAAAUACGGAGUCUUUCAACAAACUGCAUUCAUAUACGUGCAGUAAUGAAGAACAGUGUUUUGGCGAGGACCGUGCAUGUGUCAGUGUUCUUUCGCUGUUGAUUAAUUGGGCUGGUUUGCAAGCGCAUGCAUGCAUGUGGCACUCUGUUUGUGACGUUUGGUUGCAGAUAGUAAGUCAAGCCGUUUGUCGCAAUCGAUGUUGUGUUUGUAUGCAGUAGACAAAGCUGUGCUGUGCUAGCUAAUACAUGUACUGAUUGCUUGCA